CUGCAGGGUGGUCUCGUCAUGGCUCAGCUUCUCAUCUGAUAUUAUCUCGAUCGAUCUGCAGGGUGGUCUCGUCAUGGCUCAGCUUCCAUCCGCCAACCAAGUCAACCUCCUAAAAGACAUUUUCACCCGCUUCGACCUCGACUCCGAUGGCAGCCUUACCCAGCUCGAGCUAGCCGCCCUUUUCCGAUCCGUUGGCCUCAUACCCGUCGGUGACGAAUUCGAUGCCGUCUUAGCUAAAAUGGAUGCAAAUGGAAACGGAUCCAUUGAGUUUGAGGAAUUGCUGAAUGCCAUUUUGCCCGAUUUCGACGAGGAGGUUUUCGUCAACCAAGAUCAACUCAUGAAGGUCUUUCAGUUGUUUGACAAAGAUGGUGAUGGGUCCAUCACGCCGGCGGAACUUGCGGGUCAGAUGGCCAAAAUGGGCUUGCCUUUGACCUACCGUGAACUCAAUGACCUCAUGAACGAUAUAGACACCAAUGGUGACGGAAUCAUUAGUUUUCAUGAAUUUACAGCCAUUCUAGGGAUGCCGGCAUCGGAAUUCCUUGGAAUAAAGAUCUCCUAGCAGCGAUGCAAUGAAACGAAUCAUGUGGUUGUUCUUGAGGAUUGAUGAUGAACAUAUAUAUAUAUAUAGGAUGUGGAUGGGUUUACAUGAUCUCAAGAAGGUCAAUUAAUCAUCUUAAUCUGUAUAGCUACUUUUUGCUUAUUAAUUAUAAGGUUAAUUCUAUAGGAUCUUUUAUGUGUAUCAUUGAAG